UCAGGUUCCGCAAAGGCCUGUGGGAGCGACCCGGGAGAAGGAGGGCCAAGAUGGCGAAAGCGGCCGAGUCUUCAGGAGACCCGGGAACAACAUCGCCCAGGCCCCUGGUGAGCUUGGGUUCUGAGGCAAAAGGGACUGAGGGGGAUCUGUGGGGCCCUUUGAUCCUUUGUGUGACACUUGCAUUAAUGCUUCAAAGAAGCUCUAUAGAUAGUGAAAAGGAUGGAGGACCCCAGUUUGCAGAAGUGUUUGUCAUUGUCUGGUUUGGUGCGGUUACCAUCACCCUCAACUCAAAACUUCUUGGAGGAAACAUAUCUUUUUUUCAGAGCCUCUGUGUGCUGGGUUACUGUAUACUUCCCUUGACCGUGGCAAUGCUGGUUUGCCGGUUGGUGCUUUUGGCCGAGCCAGGACCUAUAAACUUCAUGGUCCGUUUUUUUGUGGUGAUCGUGAUGUUUGCCUGGUCUAUAGUAGGCUUAAAAAGACAAUGACAGAGGUUGGGAAGGGGCUUCAUAAUUGCAGAGGAGAAAACAUGCAUUAACCAGUAUUCAGAAUUUGACCAGAGAAAAUUCUGCACUUGUUGCUUUCUAAAAAAGCGAAGGACAGGUAAAGAAUCAGCUUCUUUAGUUGUUCUGUAUGGUUCCCUUUCCACCAUGCUUAUUAACAGCACCUCAUUGACACUCUAGUGUUUAAUUUUGCUCCCUAGCUCUGAAUAUGCAAGCUGUUAGUAGUCAAUAUGUAAUUUUCCUGUCAUUGAAGCUCUUGGUGGACCAGUGCUUGAACUUAUCCAAGUGGGAGACCUCAAAAAUUUAGAUUGGUAGGUGCUUAAUGCAUAUUAUCAUUUGGGCACUUGUUUCUUCUUCAGGGUAGAAUGAGGCAUUUUGGACACAGCAUAGCUCUAAGGAAGUCCUCGUUAUUCUGUGUAGUCUGGGCUUUAACUAGAAGGUAAAGCUAAAUCAGAAGCCUGCAUUUAACCCCAUGCACAUGGAGGGAUUUAGUGUUCUGAUGGCUGGUUCACAGAACAGCUAGAUGCUUAGAGCAGGAUGUUGGAUGCCAUGGGUUUACAGCUGCCACCUCUUCAUAGUGGUCUUAGCAGUUUUUUCAUUAGAUGUGCUUUUUGGGUUGGGGAAUGGCAAUUUAUUUUCUUGGUUUUAGACUUUAUUUGUAAAGCUGCUUAGCUCUUCUUUAGACAAGUACUUUUUUUUGCACAUGUGCACCUACUUGUAUUCUCAGCUAUUUAUACACACAAGUGUGACGGCUUUUCAGGGAGCAGAGUGUCUGGAAAGGCUGAUUUGAAGCUAAACAGGGUUCCUUUAGGGUAAUAUGAACUACUGCCAUCUAUAAAUUGCACAUUGAAGAACUCUUAAUAGACAAAAGAUUAGGAGUCAGGCAGAAAACAUUCAUUGUAUAUACAGUUACUUAUAAAGAUAGGAAUUUAUUCCAUGGUUUUUCUUUAUCAUGGAAUCUAAAUAU